AUGUUCAUGAGCAUGUUCCAAGACGAUGAGCGUGGCGAGUCAGCAAAUGGGUCACUCCAGCCGGCUGCCACGUCAGCAAAUACACCAGGCAAUCAGUCAUCAAUUUCAAAAGUCACGCUCAUCCCAUCCUCGCCACAUCCUCUCCCCAUUCUUCCCCCAUCCUCCCCCAUCCUUCCCCCAUUCUCCCCCCAUCCUCCCCCCAUCCUCCCCCAUCCUUCCCCCAUUCUCCCUCCAUCCUCCCCCCAUACUCCCCCCAUCCUCCCCCCAUCCUCCCCCCAUCCUCCCCCCAUCCUCCCCCCAUCCUUCCCCCAUCCUCCCCCCAUCCUUCCCCCAUUCUCCCUCCAUCCUCCCCCCAUACUCCCCCCAUCCUCCCCCCAUCCUCCCCCCAUCCUCCCCCCAUCCUCCCCCCAUCCUCCCCCCAUCCUCCCCCCAUCCUCCCCCCAUCCUUCCCCCAUCCUCCCCGUCAUCCUCCCCCCAUUCUCCCCUCCCCAACACUUUUCACACGCUCUGCAACAGACCAGCCGGGCAGCACCACAAUCAGCAGCAGCACGGGCCGUUGAUCGGACUCGAUCCAACGGCUCCGCAGCAGCAGCAGAAGCACGACCAAGCACCGCCACAGGCGGCAAGGGCAGGCGGGUAGCUGAUGAUGUGAAAGUGGGGCAGAGGGAGAGACGGCCCUUGGUUGGGAAUGGGAAUGGGAGUGUGGUGCAGAGUGUGAUUGUGGGGCGGAGUGGGAGUAGAGAAGGAAAGGAGGAGAAACUAGAGGAGGGAGAGGAAGAGGGGGAAGAGGAGGAGGAGGGGGAGGAGGGGGAGGAGGAUGAAGAGGUGGAAGAUGAGGAAGAGGAGGGAGAGGAGGAAGUGGAGGAAGAGGAAGAAGAGGAGGAAGAGGAGGAGGAAGAGGAGGAAGAAGAAGAGGAUGAGGAGGAGGAGGGUGGGCGUGUGAGUGGUCCGGAAGUUGUAGUGUUUCAGGAAGGGAGUAACCUCAAGAAGCAAGCAACACGUGUCAAGCUCCUAUUGGGCGGCCAGAUCAGCAGCAGGAAGGAGAGGAAGCUCUUUAUGUCGUCCAAGGUGGCCAAUAUCUUCAGGGAUCCCAACGCGCCGGUGGAAGAACCAGAGGGGAGGCGGAGGAGAGGGAGGGGGCGGGCGGGGAAGAAAGAGGAGGAGGACGAGGAGGAGAAGGAGACUCGGCUGCACAUGGAGGAGUACAUUGCGAUUGCGAGGGAGACAGAGCGGUUGGGAGUGUCAACGAUGGAGUGGAACCAGCGCAAGCAGUGGGAGACGAACCACAUCGUGCGCCACCUGGGCGUCAAGCCGCCCAAACGCAUGAGCAUGAACAUUGCUGCUACGGAGGGGUAUCGAUCGGUGCAACGGAAGAAGCGACUGAGGGAACUGGAAGAGGAAGUUGCCUCUGGUAUGAUCCAAGUGAAGGGAGGAAACCCGCGCGACAAGAAGAGCAAGCACCGGAGGCUGGGGCAGGGCACUCUAGCCAGGCUCCUAGCCGAAGAGGAAGAGGCCAAAGAAGGCCGCCCGAGAAAGGCGCGUGUUGAUUGGCGGGCGGAGGAGAGAGGGCUUAAAGCCUCGGAUGGGGAUUACCAAGGUGGGGUGUUGCAUGUGGAUCCGAGGAAGUGGAAGAUUGGAGGGGAUGGGGGAGGAAGGAAGGGAGGGGUGAUUGGGGAUAAGGAUUUGGGAGGGUUUGGCGGAGGGGGGAGGAGGAGAGGGGGUAGUGGAGGGGGGAAGGGGAAGAAGAGGGGUUCGGGAGGGAAAGGGAGAGGGAAGGGGAAGAGGUCGAGAGGGAGGAGGUAG